AUGUGGAGGGCAGCCAGCUAUCUUCCCAAGCACAAGCGAGUCCUGAACCGCGUUGUGAACACUCUCUAUCAACUACCCACCAUCUUCCAAGUGGCUGAGAAACUGCGGCCAACAUCGUACCUAGACGGCCUCCGAGGCUUCGCGGCCUUUCUCGUGUACUGGCACCACCACGAGCUGUGGGCUCACGGCUGGGAAAAGCAAAAUCCCAUUUUCGAAAAUGGCUUUGGCUACGACAGCAAAUACCACAUGGUCGCGUUCCCCUUUAUACGCAACUUUUUCACAGGCGGCCACUAUGCCGUCUCAACCUUCUUCGUCAUAUCCGGCUAUGUCCUCUCCCUGAAGCCAUUGACCCUUAUGCAAGCCGGCGAGCACACAAAGCUGGGAGACAAUAUCGCAUCGGCCUUUUUCAGGCGAUGGCCACGACUCUAUCUUCCCAUCAUUGCGGUUGUCCUUGCGUUCAUCACGAUGUGGCACAUGCUUGGCAUCUGGGUCAAUGGACAAACAAUGGCGGGAAGCUGGACAGAGGAACUUUGGACCUUUUACGUCGAUUUCAAGAACUUCAGCUUCGUCUUCAAGGAGGGAGAUCUGUGGCUCAAGUACAACGUCCACUUAUGGUCCAUCCCAGUCGAGUUUAAAGGCUCCAUGGUCGUCUACGCCUGCCAUCUGGCCCUUUCAAGGUGCUCCAAGGCUGCACGACUCUGGUGUGAAGCCUCUUUGAUCUUCUACUUCAUGUUUAUCACGGACGGUUGGUACUGUGCCCUGUUCUGUACGGGCAUGCUACUCUGCGACCUCGACUUGCUGGCCAAGAAAGGCGAGCUCCCGUUCUUCUUGACUCGCCUAGAGCCAAUCAAAGGCUUCAUCUACUACCAUCUGCUCGUCUUCAGUCUCUACUUGGGCGGAAUUCCAGCCGAAACCGCAGACGUUCGGGACAUGGCAAAAAGUCGCGGCUGGUACUACCUGUCCUUGCUCAAGCCUCAGGCAGUCUUCGACUACAAGUGGUUCUACCUCUGGUUGGCUUCAGGCUUCUUAGUCGCCAUCAUUCCGCGCAUUCACUGGCUAAAGAGAUUCUUCGAGACCAAGUUUUGCCAAUAUCUAGGGCGCAUCUCCUUUGCGCUGUACAUUGUCCACGGCCCCGUGCUGUGCACACUUGGAGACCGGCUUUACAUGGCCGUGGGCUUCAAGGGAGACGACCACGCGCAACACAUCCCGCACUGGAUGAACAAGAUUCCCCUGCCAAAGUCUGGCCCGCUGGGGCUGGAAGUUGCCUUCCUCAUCCCCCAGUUGAUUUUACUGCCCCUGACUCUAGCGCUGGCCGACGGCGUGACGAGAUGGGUGGACACACCAAGUGUCAAGUUUGCCUCCUGGCUAUACCGGAGCACACUGGGCGGUCCUUCUACGGAGCCGGUGCUCGCGACGAAGCAGGCUAGGGCGUGA